AUGACUUUAGACUUUGGUCAAAAAGAUAGUACAGUACAUUGCAGUAUCUGCUCCAUGCUGUAUACACCGAGUGACGCUGAGGAUCUGAAGACCCACGCUCGUUUCCAUGCAAAUUUUUUGAACCAAGAAAUUAAGGUUCCUCGCUGGCAGAACCAGCAGGUGCUGGAAGAUUUCCUUGAUGGAUCUCGUAUUAUCGAACUUUCCCUGACUGAUCAUAGGGGAUUCAAAUUGUACACCAAAGUUGCCGCACUCAUGAAUCGAGAUCUGGGCCAUGAUCUACCCGAAGGUCGUAAUGCUGCCGCCGAAACCUGGCCACCAUACCUCCGCGUUUUCGUUUUCGUCGAGGGUAAGAAAAAGCUGGCAGUUGGGUGCUGUUUUGCCGAAGAGUUGACGCGCGCCUCUGUGACCGAGCGUGGAUAUUCACUGCGCCGUCUGCAGGGCGGCAGACAGUCGCUCGUCUCGUGGCGCAUUCAGCACGACUCCGAGCAGCCCGCAGUCCCGCCACCUCCUUCAGAAAAACGUGAUAGCAUUUUAUUCCCUCUUUGUGGCAUCCGACGGCUAUGGGUGGCAGCGAAGCACCGUAGACAGGGUGUGGGGACGACACUCAUCGAUUGCGUUCUCAAGCACUUUAUCUACCUCACGCAGCUUCCUCGCUCACAAGUCGCCUUCGCCGAACCCACUGCCAACGGCGCCGAUUUUGCCGCUAGUUUUACCGGCCGUGAAGAUUUUAUUAUUUAUUGA